GCUGGACGGAUUCUGGGUCUGCUCUUUGUGCAAACAAAACAAGUGACUAGGUUUUGCUUACUAUCCAUUAGUGAAUGCAGCUUGUUUGAUAAGAUUUUUUUAAAAAAAAUGCAUGUAAAGGAUUUAUCAAAAGCCCUUAUGAAUAUUUCAUGAGUUGAUAUAUUCAGCUGAAUGAAUUCAGUGAGUGUCAGUGUGUAGCUUGCAGACAAACCUCAUCCACAAGGAGGCUACUGACAUUGGAAGCACUUUGGCGCAUUUUCAGAGGCAAAGCCAGCCUGAUAAAGCUCCUUGUGACAGCCUGACUUGCUAUUCUUCGAGUGUGCUGCUCUUGCUCGAAGACGCUCAUAUAUUGGAGUCACAGCUUCGUAAAUUAAACUGGAAAUAGUUUGCAGACUUAUCAGUCUUCUAACCUGCAGCAGUGUCUCUGCUAUGUUUGAGAUUUUUGUUUUGGAUGGUGAAAGCUAGCACUCCUUACAAGACAUGACAGCAAAAGAUUCUUCAAAGGAACUUACUGCUUCUGAACCUGAGGUUUGCAUAAAGACUUUCAAGGAGCAAAUGCAUUUAGAACUUGAGCUUCCGAGAUUACCAGGAAACAGACCUACAUCUCCUAAAAUUUCUCCACGCAGUUCACCAAGGAACUCACCAUGCUUUUUCAGAAAGUUGCUGGUGAAUAAAAGCAUUCGGCAGCGUCGUCGCUUCACUGUGGCUCAUACGUGCUUUGAUGUGGAAAAUGGCCCUUCCCCAGGUCGGAGUCCACUGGAUCCCCAGGCCAGCUCUUCCUCUGGGCUGGUACUUCACGCCACCUUUCCUGGGCACAGCCAGCGCAGAGAGUCAUUUCUCUACAGAUCAGACAGCGACUAUGACUUGUCCCCAAAGGCAAUGUCGAGAAACUCUUCUCUUCCAAGUGAGCAACAUGGCGAUGACUUGAUUGUAACUCCUUUUGCCCAGGUCCUUGCCAGCUUGCGAAGUGUGAGAAACAACUUCACUAUACUGACAAACCUUCAUGGUACAUCUAACAAGAGGUCCCCAGCUGCUAGUCAGCCUCCCGUCUCCAGAGUCAACCCGCAAGAAGAAUCUUAUCAAAAAUUAGCAAUGGAAACGCUGGAGGAAUUAGACUGGUGUUUAGACCAGCUAGAGACCAUACAGACCUACCGGUCUGUCAGUGAGAUGGCUUCUAACAAGUUCAAAAGAAUGCUGAACCGGGAGCUGACACACCUCUCAGAGAUGAGCCGAUCAGGGAACCAGGUGUCUGAAUACAUUUCAAAUACUUUCUUAGACAAGCAGAAUGAUGUGGAGAUCCCAUCUCCUACCCAGAAAGACAGGGAGAAAAAGAAAAAGCAGCAGCUCAUGACCCAGAUAAGUGGAGUGAAGAAAUUAAUGCAUAGUUCAAGCUUAAACAAUACAAGCAUCUCACGCUUUGGAGUCAACACUGAAAAUGAAGAUCACCUGGCCAAGGAGCUGGAAGACCUGAACAAAUGGGGUCUUAACAUCUUUAAUGUGGCUGGAUAUUCCCACAAUAGGCCCCUAACAUGCAUCAUGUAUGCUAUAUUCCAGGAAAGAGACCUCCUAAAGACAUUCAGAAUCUCAUCUGACACAUUUAUAACCUACAUGAUGACUUUAGAAGACCAUUACCAUUCUGACGUGGCAUAUCACAACAGCCUGCACGCUGCUGAUGUAGCCCAGUCGACCCAUGUUCUCCUUUCUACGCCAGCAUUAGACGCUGUCUUCACAGAUUUGGAAAUCCUGGCUGCCAUUUUUGCAGCUGCCAUCCAUGACGUUGAUCAUCCUGGAGUCUCCAAUCAGUUUCUCAUCAACACAAAUUCAGAACUUGCUUUGAUGUAUAAUGAUGAAUCUGUGUUGGAAAAUCAUCACCUUGCUGUGGGUUUCAAACUGCUGCAAGAAGAACACUGUGACAUCUUCAUGAAUCUCACCAAGAAGCAGCGUCAGACACUCAGGAAGAUGGUUAUUGACAUGGUGUUAGCAACUGAUAUGUCUAAACAUAUGAGCCUGCUGGCAGACCUGAAGACAAUGGUAGAAACGAAGAAAGUUACAAGUUCAGGAGUUCUUCUCCUAGACAACUAUACCGAUCGCAUUCAGGUCCUUCGCAACAUGGUACACUGUGCAGACCUGAGCAACCCCACCAAGUCCUUGGAAUUGUAUCGGCAAUGGACAGACCGCAUCAUGGAGGAAUUUUUCCAGCAGGGAGACAAAGAGCGGGAGAGGGGAAUGGAAAUUAGCCCGAUGUGUGAUAAACACACAGCUUCUGUGGAAAAAUCCCAGGUUGGUUUCAUCGACUACAUUGUCCAUCCAUUGUGGGAGACCUGGGCAGAUUUGGUACAGCCUGAUGCUCAGGACAUUCUCGAUACCUUAGAAGAUAACAGGAACUGGUAUCAGAGCAUGAUACCUCAAAGUCCCUCACCACCACUGGACGAGCAGAACAGGGACUGCCAGGGUCUGAUGGAAAAGUUUCAGUUUGAACUGACUCUCGAUGAGGAAGAUUCUGAAGGACCUGAGAAGGAGGGAGAGGGACACAGCUAUUUCAGCAGCACAAAGACGCUUUGUGUGAUUGAUCCAGAAAACAGAGAUUCCCUGGGAGAGACUGACAUAGAUAUUGCAACAGAAGACAAGUGCCCAGUGGAUACAUAAUCCCCCUCUCCCUGUGGAGAUGAACAUUCUAUUCUUGAUGAGCAUGCCAGCUAUGUGGUAGGGCCAGCCCACCAUGGGGGCCAAGACCUGCACAGGACAAGGGCCACCUGGCCUUUCAGUUACUUGAGUUUGGAGUCAGAACGCAAGACCAGGAAGCAAAUAGCAGCUCAGGAAAUCCCACGGUUGACUUGCCUUGCUGGCAAGCUUGGUGGAGAGGGGCUGAAGCUGUUGCUGGGGGCCGGUUCUGGUCAAGACACAUGGCUUGAAAAUGGAAGACACAAAACUGAGAGAUCGUUCUGCACUAAGUUUCGGGAACUUAUCCCCGAUAGUGACUGAACUCACUGACCAAUAACUUCAUUUAUGAAUCUUCUCACUUGUCCCUUUGUCUGCCAACCUGUGUGCCUUUUUUGUAAAACAUUUUCAUGUCUUUAAAAUGCCUGUUGAAUACCUAGAGUUUAGUAUCAACUUCUACACAGAUAAGCUUUCAAAGUUGACAAACUUUUUUGACUCUUUCUGGAAAAGGGAAAGAAAAUAGUCUUCCUUCUUUCUUGGGCAAUAUCCUUCACUUUACUACAGUUACUUUUGCAAACAGACAGAGAGGAUACACUUCUAACCACAUUUUACUUCCUUCCCCUGUUGUCCAGUCCAACUCCACAGUCACUCUUAAAACUUCUCUCUGUUUGCCUGCCUCCAACAGUACUUUUAACUUUUUGCUGUAAACAGAAUAAAAUUGAACAAAUUAGGGGGUAGAAAGGAGCAGUGGUAUGGUUCACCAUAAGAGUCUGCAUAGAACUCAGCAGUGUUCCCUGCUGUGUCUUGGACCCUGUCCCCCACAGGAGUUGUGCAGUCCCUGGCCCUGUUCCCUACCUCCUCUCUUCAUCCAUUUAGGCUGUUUUCAAUGUAAUGCUGCCAUCCUUCUCUUGCACUGCCUUCUGCGCUAACACCUCCAUUCCUGUUUAUAACCGUGUAUUUAUUACCUAAUGUAUAUAAUGUAAUGUUUUGUAAGUUAUUAAUUUAUAUAUCUAACAUUGCCUGCCAAUGGUGGUGUUAAAUUUGUGUAGAAAACUCUGCCUAAGAGUUACGACUUUUUCUUGUAAUGUUUUGUAUUGUGUAUUAUAUAACCCAAACGUCACUUAGUAGAGACAUACGGCCCCCUUGGCAGAGAGGACAGGGGUGGGCUUUUGUUCAAAGGGUCUGCCCUUCCCCUGCCCUAGUUGCUACUUCUGCACAACCCCUUUAUGAACCAGUUUUGGAAACAAUAUUCUCACAUUAGAUACUAAAUGGUUUAUACUGAGCUUUUACUUUUGUAUAGCUUGAUAGGGGCAGGGGGCAAUGGGAUGUAGUUUUUACCCGGGUUCUCUCCAAAUAUGUAUGGGCAUGAGUUGGGUUAUAACUGGAUCCUACUAUCAUUGUGGCUUUGGUUCAAAAGGUAACACUACAUUUGCUCACAGAUGAUUCUUCUGAAUGCUCCCGAACUACUGACUUUGAAGAGCUAGCUUCCUGCCUGCCAUUAAGCACGAAUGUCAUGUUCCAAUUCAUUACACAAGAAAACAAUAAAACAAUGUGAAUUUUGAUAAUAAAAUGUGAACUGAUGUAGCAAAUUUGCAAAUGUGAAGCCUCUUCUGAUAACACUUGUUAGGCCUCUUACUGAUGUCAGUUUCAGUUUGUAAAAUAUGUUUCAUGCUUUCAGUUCAGCAUUGUGACUCAGUAAUUACAGAAAAUGGCACAAAUGUGCAUGACCAAUGGGUUUGUAUGUCUAUGAACGCUGCAUUGUUUCAGGUGGACAUUUUAUCAUUUUCAAACGUUUCUCACAAUGUAUGUUAUAGUAUUAUUAUAUAUUGUGUUCAAAUGCAUUCUAAAGAGACUUUUAUAUGAGGUGAAUAAAGAAAAGCAUGAUUA